UGCCACAUGUGUGGUCUUACAGUGUGUGCAAUGGAAUAGUUUCACGCCUUUUAUUAAGACAGGAACAAUAUUUUUAGUUGCUGUGUUUAGAUGAUGGCAAUGAGAGAGUGUGAAGGACUCAAACUAUUUGUUUAUCUCUCUUGAUUGUCUGUUGCCACAUUGAUAUUCGUCUGAUUAUGCCAGAAACAGACAUGCAUAACGAAAACACACAUUUCUAUUGCGUAUGAGUUUCCAUUGCUGUAUUAUAGACUCAUAGUGUGCUCUGUUACAUUCAGGGAACUACAUUUGAGGAACUGUACAGUGUUAGUUUCAGAGAUUAAGUUAACAGCAUUCUAAUAUGCCUUGGAAUAUAAAAGUUGUCAUGCUAUUUUUUGCACUUGGAGACAUGCUGCUGGUUUCGACAGAGCCAGUUCGCACAGCAAUAAUUCAAAUUGGGAAAGCAUCUGUAGUGGAAGGGGAGAAGGUUGAAUUCAAAUGUGUAACAUCAGCUGUGCACGGAGAACAACCAGAGAACAAGGAGAUGAAUUGGUUCCAUUUAUAUAAAAACAGAGAGAAGAUCAGCUCACUGCCAAAGCCCGGAGGAACGGGAGCUGUCACAUUUAUAAAACAAGACAUCAGAAAGAAUGACGCUGGAGACUAUACCUGCAUGUAUGGAAAUGAGAAUCCUGGAGACGUGAAAAACAUCAGCCAUGGUUCUUCAGUUUAUCUCAACGUACAAGAGUUAAGCUAUCAGCUCACACUUCAGCUGGACAAACACAACCAAAUGGAAGGAAUGGAUGUAUCAUUUCAAUGUAUAAUACCAGUUGAAUUCAGAGAUGCAAUAGGAAAAGAGGGUUUUUUCCAUCUGUAUAAAAAUGGAAGCCUUGUCGUUUCACAACACGAUCCCAAAGGCAUAUCAGCUGUCAAGUUUUCUAUUAAAAAGGUUAAGAGGAGUGAUACUGGAAACUACACCUGUGUGUAUGGAAAAGAGAAGCUUGUGAACUCAGCAAACAGCAAACGCAGUCGCCCAGUCUACCUUCAUGUGACAGGAGAUAUGACAACUCCAACCACAUCUAUCAAGACCCAACAGACAAAUGAGACAGGCAAGUGGGGCCAGCACUUUCAGCUCCAAAACGAGAGCACGAGCUUCGUUUAUCCUCAGAAUGGAAGAAAUAGGCUUGAGUGA